UUAGAGGAUAUACGAAAUAGUUGGAAGCUUGUGUUAACGAAACGAACGGUUCAACGCUAAAAUCACACUCUCAUCUUCCAAAUAGGUUCUUUCUCUUUCUUUCUUCGUUAAUUGCCUUCUUCUCUCACAGGGUUAGGGUUUACUCAUUUCCUUCUUUUUUUCCCCAUAUUUCCCAAUUCUGCAUUUUCUCAAUUAGGAUGUGUGAUAGUAAUUGAAAGAGAAGAAGAAGAAGAAAGUACUGGAGGAGGGGGACUGUCCUCAGGUGAAGAUCUGAGGCUAUUUUGGAUAUUUCAUUUUUCAAGAUGAGUGCUUCUAGGUUUAUUAAAUGUGUUACUGUUGGUGAUGGAGCUGUUGGCAAAACUUGUUUGUUGAUUUCUUACACCAGCAAUACUUUCCCCACGGAUUAUGUGCCGACAGUUUUUGACAAUUUCAGUGCGAAUGUGGUUGUUAAUGGAAGUAUUGUGAAUCUGGGUUUGUGGGAUACUGCUGGACAAGAGGAUUAUAACAGAUUAAGACCUUUGAGUUACCGUGGUGCCGAUGUUUUCAUAUUGGCUUUCUCUCUCAUAAGCAAAGCCAGUUAUGAAAAUGUCUCCAAAAAGUGGAUUCCAGAGUUGAAGCAUUAUGCACCUGGUGUCCCCAUAAUUCUGGUUGGAACAAAGCUUGAUCUUCGGGAUGAUAAGCAGUUCUGCAUAGACCAUCCUGGUGCCGUUCCCAUUACCACAGCUCAGGGAGAAGAGCUGAGGAAGCUGAUUAAUGCACCAGCUUACAUUGAAUGCAGUUCAAAAUCACAGGAGAACGUGAAGGCGGUGUUUGAUGCAGCCAUAAGAGUUGUCCUUCAACCACCAAAGCAGAAGAAAAAGAAGAAUAAAGCACAAAAGGCCUGUUCAAUAUUGUAAUUCACUAGGUGUAAACAUUUGAUUGUCCUUUGUUCUACCUGUAUUCCCCUCCCCUUCUUUUCAUCAUUUUCUUUGUUAUUGAAGAAGUUGGAGAGUCUGUGUGGGUGUUCUUUCAGACAAAUACUCUAGAUCUCCUUGAAGCAUAAGGUGGCUUAAUGUUUUUGCUUUCUAUGAAUUAUUAUUGUCAACUCUAAUAGUUAAAUUUGCAUUUCAUGCUUCCCAUCUUUUUAA